UUCGUUAAGAUGGACUUUAUUCAACCUACUGAUGCUCAAAGGUUAAUAGACGGAGUGGGCAUUGAAAUAUUCCGACACACCGAUGUACCUCUUAAUCUAUUACUAUCCUGUAAAGGAUUUUAUCAAGUUUCCCUUGACCCUCAUUCACGUGCAACAUGGGUUAUAUUCAAGUAUGGCAAAGCUCAAGCUCUCUUUCACGCAGUACGUCUCGGUCCGAAUUUUAUAAACGUUCAGGUUGUAAAGUUGAUAUUAGCAAAUGGUGGAAUACUAUCUAGGUAUUUCGUUCAGAGAUUGCUCAUGCACUUCGGCAGAUAUGAUAGCAAGCUUAUCGAGCUCAAGAUCCAGCAUAACGUUGGACAAAUUGACCCGGACCGUAUUCGCAGUUUUCAAGAAAAAAUCAAAUCACCGUGGGCAAGUAACUUGCCAGUUUCAGUAUUUACAUAUUUAAUCACCGAGGCAUCCAAUCAAUUACAAGUUAAAGAGAUGGCUUCAAAGGGAAAUGACAUGGAGCUCUUUCAUUUUUUGUCUGCUGGCCCUCACGUAAUUAGCGAGGCCCCUGAGAUUUUAGAAAAAAAUAAAGAAUUUAUUGAAGAGUUGAUUCUCAAAAUGAAAUUCAUUCCAUUUCCACCCCGUCCAAAGCCGAAAAGAAGUGAUUCAUACCAUUCAUCAGCAAAAGUACCGGAAGAAUAUCCGCCUAAAGAUGGCUACGAGAACAGUCGGCAGCUGAAUGUGAUAGCGAGGGCGAUUCUGAUCUGCAAAGAUUUGGUGAUCCUAUGGAAAAAAAUCGGAUAUCAUCAGAUUUGUAAUGACGUGAAUGAUUUGGUAAUGCAAGGAGCCCUCUUGAUUCUUUUCCCUCCCACACCUCCUUCCGAUUACGUUCGCCCGGAUGUAACGAAAGUCAAUGAGAGACUCGAGGAGCUUAUCACUCUUGGUUUCGAAUUGAAUUAUACAGUCAUCGGGGACAUCAUGCAGCUGUUUGAACAUAGAUUAGCGGAUGUGGGUAACAUUUUUAUUGAAUCUUUUAUUAAAAUCAAGAAGAUCUCUGUCAAGGAACUUAUCAAGAGAACUUUGAUCGAGUCAAUUAAACCAGAAC